UUCAUUCUAAUCCCUCUUUCUUUCUUUGCCCCUCCCCAAUUUCUCAGAUAUUCGGGAUUUUAAUACUCUCAAGCUCUUAUCCAUCAAAUGACGAUUGGUUCAGGAGGAUCCAGCGUCGUCGUCCCUCGCAACUUCAGAUUGCUGGAGGAACUUGAACGUGGGGAGAAGGGUAUUGGAGAUGGUACUGUGAGUUAUGGAAUGGAUGAUGGAGAUGACAUAUACAUGCGGUCUUGGACAGGAACCAUAAUUGGUCCACACAAUUCUGUACAUGAAGGUCGCAUUUAUCAACUGAAGCUUUUUUGUGAUAAAGAUUAUCCGGAGAAGCCUCCUAGUGUACGGUUCCAUUCACGCAUCAACAUGACUUGUGUGAAUCAUGAGACUGGAGUGGUUGAAGCAAAGAAGUUUGGGAUGCUGGCAAAUUGGCAGCGGGAGUUCACAAUGGAAGACAUAUUGACGCAGCUGAAGAAAGAAAUGGCAGCCCCCCACAACCGAAAGCUUGUCCAACCUCCAGAAGGUACCUAUUUCUAGUUGGGAUGACACCCUGAAGAUAACUAUUCCGACUUGUGGAAGAUGAAAAUGGCAUAGGCUGAAUCUCUCAUAUGCCAGUACAUAGUUUCAAACAAUGUGUUUGAUCCAGUGAAAAUUUUAAAGGAAAAAGACUGAUGAUUGCCCCUCUCUCUAUGCUGCAUUGCUGUCUCUUGGAUCUUUGUUCUGUUACAAGACUCUUUUGAGUGGGAUUUUGUGUUGUGUGCUUAUUGCAAAUGGAUCUAAAUCAGAGAUAAAAUGGUAAGCUUUGUUAGAUAUUUGUUUCCAAGCUUUUCUGUUUUCUUCCUUAUUGGUGGUUAGAUCCAUGGUGCAAAUUAUUAAAUUGACUGAAUAAUUUUUGGCACCAGAGUUUAAACACUAACACUAUCUUCCAACAUUGACAAGCAUUCCUUGCAAGCUGUUUGGUAAUUGUAUGAUCAGAUAGUUAAAAAUUAGUUAUCUCUUCA